GGGCAAGCCACAGGUUUGCACACUUCCUUCUUUCCUGGAGGGGCCCUGCCUCCCGGGCGCCCCACCAGUGCACGCCUGCUGAGUCAGGCUGAGACCUCCAAGCAGGCGGCUGUGGGUGUGUGGUUCAGAGAUCAGGGGCCAAGCUCCCCGUGCCCCUUUUUCCCACCCCACCCUUGGACCCACACACCCGGCAGCUGGCCUGGCCUAGCCGAGCCUUUGGAAGCUGGAGAGCUGCCUGGACUGGCCAGGGUCCUGCAGCCGCCUCCAGCCCUGGGGGAGGUGGAUCACCAGCAGCUGUUUCGGGGGCUUGAAGGCCUGGAGAAAACUCUUAGCCUGAGGCAGGGGUCAAAACAGAAACCGGAGUUCAAUCCUACAACCUGCUUAUAUCCUCUGAAUUCUGCCCCUUAAAUGUGGGGUGCAGUGAUAAAAAGAGAUGGCUUUUUAAUACUUGCUAUGAAAAGAGGGAGGGAAAGAGAACCACUGAGCGUGUGCAGAGUGCAGAGCUGCGCUCCAUGCAGCCCACCCUCUCCAGCGCUCCCGUUCCCCCAGGAACUGCUGCCAGAGGACGACCCAGAGGAGCUGGCCCCGGUGGUGCUCUCCACCAGCUGGAACAACCAAGGCAAGUUCCUGCACCAUUUUGCCCAGCAGGGGGCGCUGCGGCAUCGAAGGCAUGCUGAGAAAGGGAAGCGCGUUCGGCCUUGCCGGACCGGAACAAUCUGCGCAGCACACUAUGAAGUGCAGGCCACGGUAGGACGAGCUGGGAUGCAGGCAGAUGCAAACGGAACGAUCCGUGGAUGGGCCGAAGCAAGGCUCAACGCCACAAACCCCCUGCGUUAUGACAGCAGCCGCGGGGAGUUCACGGUGAUGAAGAGGGGGCUGUAUUACCUGUAUUGCCAGCCGGACAGCGAGCCUUGGGGAGGAAGACAGGCCAUGUCUGGGGGGCAUGGGGCGUUGGAGGGGCAUUGCCCUGGGGGCCCUUUUGGACCUGGGGAGCCUAGCAAAAGACCCGGGGGCUCCAUAGGCAAAGGCUGUGAUGCCAAAGCUGGAAUUUUCCAGGAGACGAAGGUUGGGGGGCCCGGGACGCCUGGGCCCUCCCUCCAACUUUUGGGGACUGUUGGGGUCAGGGAUUUGGGCUCUGCAGUGCUAGAAGCCACCAGUGGGGAGACUAGAUUGGGGAAGAAACCGGAGGGAACGAUGCCUCCAAAGAUCCGGAGGGGCACGUUAAGCCCAUUCAUGGGGCUGGCCCCCCUGGCUCAUUUGGGGCUGAGGCAGCGCCCCCCAAUGCCCUGGGCAGUUGUGGGGGCCCUGGCAGUGGGGCUGCUGGCUUGCCUGUUCAUGCUGUUCAGCAUCCAAGGACGCCUGGAGAUCUUGAGAGAGGAGCUAGCCGGGCUGCGGAGAGAAAUCUUCUGCGAGGCAUCUGCGAUGGCGGGGGACCAGGGCAGCCCCACUUCACAGCAGAAGGCUGAUGGGGAUCCAGUGCUCCGCACGUUAAGGCCGAGAUGGAAAAGGGAUGUGGGGAAGACAACCCAGGAGCAGCCACCGCGUCAGCGCAAAAAACACUCGGUCUUGCAUUUGGUCCCCACUCAACAUUCCAGUAAUGAGGAGGAUGGUACCACAGAGAUCUGGUGGGCGCCUUUCCUGCAGCAGGGGCAUGCCCUGGAGCCCAGUGGGCAGGAAGUGGUGGUGAAGCACACCGGGCUCUACUUCGUUUACAGCCAGGUGCUGUUCCACGACCCCACUUUUACCAUGGGGCAGGUACUCCGGCGAGUGGCCCCAGGCAAGGCGGAUCAGAUCCUCUUCCGCUGCGUCCAGAGUAUGCCUCCCAAGCUGGAGAAGGCUUACAACAGCUGCUAUAGCGGAGGGGUCUUCCACCUGCAGCAGGGGGACCGCCUGAGCCUGCGAAUCCCACGCUUCAACGCCUCCUUCGACAUCUCCGCUCACGGGACCUUCCUGGGAGUGCUCCGUCUAUAGACCGCCGGGCAUCUUCGCGGCCCCCGCCCCGCCCCACCCCAGGAAGGAUCCCCACGGGGCUCGGGGUGGGAGCCCCGCUCUAAAUCCUAAGGGUGCUGCUUCCUUCCGGCUCGCGGUUACGUAGGGCGGACUCGAGGAAGCUGGGCGCUCGGAUGCAGAAAGAGGCGGUCUGCAGCCGACGGUUUGCUCCUGGCGGAGCCCAGAUUUCUCGGCCGAAAAGCAGUGCGAAAAGGUCUAGGCCACGCCGGCUCGCUCUUCCGGACCCCUCCGGGGAUCCCUCAGCUGGGAGACCCCAAGACUUUGCACGAUCGAAGCAGCCGCCAGACGUUUUCGUGCCUUUUGGAAUGACAUUUGCAAACGGUCUCGCCGGGUCUUCUGAAAACAGAACGGCUUGGCUGGGGAAUUCUGGGAGUUGAAGUCCACACGUCUUCCAGCCGCCAAGGGUGAGAAGCCCCGGGCUAGCCCCUGAUUAGUUGAAUCCUCUGUUCUUCUGCAGGUGGACGAAAGAAAGCCGGGGAGCCCUUGCAACUCCCUUGCUCAAAGCGCUCUUCUGAAUGCCACGCCAGACCCCGCGCCACCUUUCCCAGGAGCCGUCCUUUCGGCUGCAGCCCGUCCUGGCUGAGGACUCCUCCCAAAUGCCUGGAGGAGCAACAGGUCAGGGGCAGCUGGCGUAGCGGCGUGACUGCGAUGCACCACGUCUUGCAAGAACCCAGGUGCUUCCUGUUUGCUCUUUGGAACGGUUGCAUUUUAUUUGGGACCUGGGCAAAGGCUCGUGCAGAACGAAAGCACCUUUUACAAAUAAAACUUCUGAGCUGGGGGCAGCUGACAGGUUGCAUGGUUCGAGCAAAGAGGCUGGAUCACACGUAACUUGCAUGCAGGGAAAUCAGUGGGGCUUUCAUGAGGCUCAGGGGCAUCUGUGGGCUAAUUGCAAGAGGCAAGGCGGGAUCCAACCGGCGGGCUGCUGGUAAUGAGGCAGAAAACUCGAGAUUUUGCAGCUUGAUAGUAAUGCUGCAGGCAGAAAACAGGUCUGCAUUAUUAGCUCUUCAUGCCCCGGGACGAGAUGCGGGGAGGUCUCGCGAUAUUUCAUCGGUGGGGAGGCUGAGCUCUCGCGGGAUUCAAGGGGGAAAAGGGCAAAGUAAUAGAAACGUAGAGAUAGGAAUAGUGUAGAUAGAAUCGUUCUUUCUCUCCUUUGUAGAUUAACUUCCGGGUUCCAUGCGACUGUUUCUGUUUUUCCCGGGAAAAUGUGUGAACGAUCCCGGAACAAAGCCAGGAUUUUGACCUGGCUGUAAUUAAAGGCGGGGGUGGGGUGGAGGGCAGGCAACGAUGUUCUUUCUCUGGAGAGCCUUAAUUUACCUGGAAAAUGACACUUGGCACCAGAAAGAGUUUCACCAAAUCUCACACCAGCACGAUUUGGUCGGCCGCAUUUUGCUGCGUUGCAGGACGCAGAAGCGGGUUUGGGGUUGCAGCAAUGGGGGCGGCCCCCAGAGGGCACCAACGAGAGGCAAAACCCCUCGUGUGCUGCCCCCUAGUGGUGGCCCUGUUUUUUUCCAGUCCUGUUCUGGGGGCCCUAAAUCCAGGUUGAGCCUGGAGCUCAAUAGGGUGGCUGGGACUGAG